AUUUUCACUAUUAUAUUGUCUCUUUCUCUUGAACUUGCCUUCACCCCCCAAACACUCACUUCCCACUCACAAACACAAUCAAACUCAAAUUCUCAACUACAGAAUUAGGGUUUCAAUCUCACCCCAAUUUUCCCUGUAAUGCAUUGAAACCUCUUGAUUUUACAAUGGAACCAUCAAUGUUCGGAAACUCUACGCCCUUGAACAUCACCGGAGAAACUGAAGACGGUUCUGGUCCUGACUCCGCCAUCGACGGUAACCAUAACAUUCAUUUCGAAACUGUUGAUGAUGGAAGUGGCGGUUUUGUUGUUGAGGAUGUUACCUCCGACGCCGUUUAUGGCCACGGCGGUGGAAACUCUGAAUUAGGUAUUCAACGGUUUGAAGAUUCUGAUCAACUUACGCUUUCGUUUCGUGGUCAAGUUUAUGUUUUCGAUUCUGUUACUCCUGAUAAGGUUCAGUCGGUUUUGUUACUGUUGGGUGGAUGUGAACAACCUCAAGCGGAUGCAACAUAUGUGGAUCCGGUGUCUCAACAAAGUCAGAGGGAAUCAAUGGAAUAUCCAAAAUGCAGUCAAUCACAUCGACAAGCCUCAUUAAAUAGGUUCCGGCAGAAGAGGAAAGAAAGAUGCUUUGAGAAGAAAGUUAGAUAUGAUGUACGUCAAGAAGUUGCACUCAGGAUGCAGAGAAAUAAGGGUCAAUUUACUUCAUCUAAGAAACAAGAUGGAGCCAAUGGUUGGGGUACAGACCAGGAUUCUGGGCAGGAUGACAGUCAAGCAGAAACCUCUUGCACACAUUGUGGCACAAGUUCAAAAUCAACUCCGAUGAUGCGGCGAGGGCCAUCUGGUCCAAGGUCACUUUGCAAUGCUUGUGGGCUUUAUUGGGCAAAUAGGGGUGCUUUGAGAGACCUUUCUAAGAGACAUCAUGAACUAUCUAUUGUACCAGCCGAGCAGGUUGAUCAAGGUAAUAGCUCAGACUGUGGAACAGCAACUAUCCCUUCACGCAAUAAUCUUGCUGCUUUCUCUGAGAAUAAUAACCAAGCUUUGGUAGCUGAUCGUUAAGUUUUCCAGUCACAAAAGUUGCUAGAAUUUUCGACUCUUGCAUAUUUCGGCCUAUAACAAUUCAUUCAGGUUGAUCAAUAGAUUGUACAGUUAUAGCAAUGCUCUCUUCAAUUCAAGAGGUCUAUUAUGUUUGGAUCAGUGGCCUUUUCUGUUGAUCUAUAUGUAUAAGCUGGACUAGUUAUAUUAUAACUUGGUGAUCUCUUGCAGGACCUUCAUUCUGACGUAAUAAUACUUUUUUCUUGGUCAA